AUUGAAUUAAUCAUGAGUAGAAAACCAAUUUUUGUAGAUAAGUAAUCAUAAUAGGGUUAUUUAUAUAAUUAACCUACUUAAAUAUAAACUGGUAGAUAAGCUGAUACUAGGAUUGCCAAUAUGAAAAAUACAGAACACCUAUUGAUGGGUAUUAUUUUAAUAUCAUUCAGCUCCUUAACAUAAUUCUCCAUUUUCUACUUUCAGUACUGCUAUUUAAUCUUAAGAUGCUUCAUUUUUGAGUAAUAAAGUAGAAGAUUCAAGUGUUGGAUUUUAAUAAAUUUUAAAACAUGUGAAUUAAUUAAUAUUGGAAAAAUCAUAGGCCCAAGAAUCAAAGAUUAAAGAAUUAUAAAAUCAAAUUGAUUCAAAUAGAACUAUUAUUUUUGAUAUUAGAGGAUAAAAUACUAUUAAUGCUGAUUAAUUAAGCAUGAAAUUUAAAUAAUUUGAAGAAUCUGUAAAAUUUGUUUUUCUAUUUUCUAGAUAAAGACAUAAAUUAAAAAGGCUUAAGAAGAAUUAGUAAAUUAAUAGGUUAAUUUUUAAAACGAUUAUUAAAUAAGGUUCAAAGAAUUACAAGAAUCGACUGAUAAUAAAAUAAAAUUGUUAUAAAAAGAAAACUAGUAAAAUUUAGUUAAAUUUAAAGAAGACUCUUAAAUAAGAAUUCCACCUUAAAUUAAUCUUAGUGAAGAAAAGACAAUUAAAGAUAUUCAAUAAAAAAUUAGGGAUCUUUAAUUAUUAUUUGAUUCUUAACAUAAUGAGUUUACUUUAUAUGAUUAAAAAACAAAGUAAAUAUCUUUUUUAAUAUCAUUUUAGAUAAUAAUUUGUAAAAUUAGAAAAAAAUGUAUCUGAAUAAUCACAAAAAAUUAGUGUAUAAGAAGAAUAGACUAUAGCUUAAUUCAAAACAUUUUAAAAUAAUUAAUAAAGUAAUAUUGCUUAAGCUAGUAAAAAACUAUCAGAUGAAAUUGAAUUUAAGUUAUAAUAAAUUUAGAAUAUGAUCCAGUAAAAAACAUUUUCAUAGUCUGAUAAGUAAUUGAUAAUAUAUAAAUUAGAUUGACAGAAUUAACACUUUAAUAAGCAGAUUUGAAUAAGAUUACUCAAGGAGUUUUUGAUUUACAGAAUUCUUACAAGUUAUUGUCUUAAUAAUAUUAAGAUUUGACUAUAAGAUUAGAAAAACACUUAUCCUAAAAUUCUAAAUUUGAACUGUCUUUAAAUUAAUUAGAAUAGAAAGUUGAUUAGGUAUAUUUAAUAUCAUAGAUUUUAGAAUAAAGAUGAAAUCGAUAAUGGAAUUACUUAAUUAAAAUUAGAACUUUCUAGUUUAGCCAAAUAAUUUGAGAGAGUGAAAUAAGAAUAUAAAAAUUAGUUUGAAUAUCUAUAAGAUUAAUAGAAUAAAUCAAAUGAAGAAAUUAGAAAAUCUCAUUAAGAGCUUUUAUUUUCAUUUAAACAAACAGAAUAAGUUUAUUGGAUUGAUGAAAAUAAUAAGAAAAAACCUGAAAUAUAAUAAGCAUAGGUUCAAGUGUUUAAUUAUGAAGAAGAUUCAGAAAGUAAAAGUGAUUAAUAAUAAAAUGAAUUUUCAGAAUAAAACACAAUUGUAAAAGUUUUUUUUAUUUUUUAAGGAAUAAAUAGAGCCAGAAUUUGAAAAAGAAGCUUUUAUGGAUAAAUUGAAAGCAUUGAGUCCUUCUAAAAAUAAUUAAAUUUAGGAUGAAAAGAUAAUAGAUGUAAAAGAGGAAAAUUAAAAUUAAAUAAAUAAUUAAAAAGAGGAAGAAGAAGAUGAAGAUGAUGAUAAUGAAGCAACAUAUUAAUUAGACGAAAAUGGUUACUUAUUGGAUGAAGAUGGAAAUUAUUUAUUAGAUGAAAAUGGUUAAAUGAUUCAAUUAAACGAAACCUAAAUAGAAUAUUUAAGAAAAUAAGAUAUGGUUUAAGAGGAAGAUAAUUGAUAAUCAUCAUGACUUAAUCAUUUAAAUUAAAUGAG